AUGAAGUUGAGCGGAGUACCGAGUAAGGCAAUGUCCGAGACGGCGAGUCAGUACGUGUAUCAUGCGAGCAGGUCCCGACGGAUAUCCUCGUCCUCUCGUCUGGGCACAAAUUCAGCCAAGGGCAAAUUCGUGGCCAUCUGGCUUGCACAGCGCGAGAACAUGAACCCUCAAGUCAUCCAUCAUGGCUUCAAAGACCCCCAACAGCAACUCCAACACCACCAUCCGGCCCCCCAGCCUCUCCGCAGAUUCGGCGGCACGCAGCGCUUGCUGCAUGAGAUUCUCAAACAAGCAACUCUAGCGAAGCAAUAA